AGACAUUGCAUCUGGAGCUCUGAGGAAGUUCAGCUCACAAAUAUGUUUAUUUGCAGCAAAACGGCUUGCAAGUGGUUAAAUGUGCCAGAAUAAAAUUAUAUUAGCUGAGCUAAUAGAGCUCUGUAAUUUAAUUUAGAAUUUUUUUUUUAUUAUUAUUACUGGGUGGCCUUUUCUGCAUGUUGUUUGGAAAUGUACAGUGAAAUCCUCAUUCUUCAUCCCCUGUUAUAAUUACAUGCAUCUGGGGCCAAAGAGUAUGUUGGAGCAUGCAGAAAGACUACAUUCUGAAUAAGAAUGUGCUUACUUGUUAAAGGAUUUGCUCUAAAAGACGCCAGAUAUUAGUCACUGUAACUAAUAGUUAUUAGUUUUGAAUGAAGAAAUAGCUGGGGUUCGUUCUUCACAGAAAAGUGAUCUGGUUUGACAUCAUGACUCCAUUUCAGCAUGCCUUUAUUAUUCUGUUGUAUCUUCUUCUUAUUUCAUCACAUGGAAGAACAGAUUCUGAAUUAUUGCUGAUGGGUUCCUGUACAACAGUAUGUUCAUGUGAUGAAAAAGACGGCACGCUGUUUGCAAAUUGUGAAGAAAAGAAUAUCAGGAGACUAUUUGACAUCAAUUUACCAUUCUUUCAGUACCUAGAUCUUAACCUGCUGAAUAAUGGGUUACAGAAAUUACGAAUAAAUGAGUUUUCAAACUUCAGUAAUCUAAUAUCUCUUCACCUUGGGUUUAACAAUAUAGCAGAUAUUGAACCAGGGGCAUUUAAUAAUCUUGCUAUUCUUAAAAAGCUUCACAUUAAUUAUAACUCUUUAGAGAUACUCAGAGAAUAUACCUUUAUGGGACUGGAAAAUCUGGAGUUCCUUCAAGCAGACAACAAUUUUAUCACAACAAUUGAACCAAACACAUUUAGCAAACUUACUAAACUGAAAGUGCUCAUUCUUAAUGAUAAUGCCAUUGAUUCUUUGCCUGCAAAUAUAUUUCGUUUUGUACCUCUAACACACUUAGAUUUAAGAGGGAACCAACUGCAAUCUCUUUCCUAUAUUGGCUUUUUAGAACACAUUGGAAGAAUAAUAGAGUUUCAGUUAGAAGAUAAUAGAUGGGAUUGUAAUUGUAACAUACUACAACUCAAAACCUGGAUAGAUAGUAUGCCCCGGCAUUCCUCUAUAAGUGAUAUUGUUUGCUAUAGUCCUUCAAGCUUACAAGGUACUUUGCUAAGAAGAUUAAAAAAUGAAAUGAUCUGUUCAACAACUCCCAGCAAUGACCCUGAGGAUUACUCUGGGCCAUUAGCAUUAUUAGGUACUAGUUCAAUAAAUGAUGGACGGUUACCUACAAAGAUAACAUUUCUGCAAAAAGGCCCAACAAAGGAAACUGUAAUUGCUUUCCCAAAAUCCACUACUUUGCUUCCAGGGUUAUAUUGCCCAGUACCAUGUUAUUGUUCAACACCUGCUCUUUCGGGUUCUUUAAUCCAUUGUCAGGAACGGAGUAUUGAAAGUAUAUCUGAUCUUGGACCACCACCCCAAAACCCCAAAAAGCUUAUUUUAGCAGGAAACUUAAUUCACAUAGUAUAUAAAUGGGAUUUUCUAGAAUAUGGCACAUUAGAAAUGCUUCACUUAGGAAGCAAUCGCAUUGAAACAAUUGAGGAAUACUCCUUUAUGAAUCUGACUAGGCUUCAAAAGUUUUACCUUAAUGGAAACCACCUAACAACAUUAAGUCCAAAAUAUUUUUUUGGAUUGGUCAGUGUUGAAUAUUUGUACUUAGAAUAUAAUGGAAUCAAGGAAAUAUUACCAGGAACAUUUUCAUCAAUGCAGAAACUGAAGGUUCUGUAUUUACAUAACAACCAUAUUCAAACAUUGCCAGAACAUGUGUUUUCUGAAGUUCCUUUAUCAAAAUUAAAUCUUAAAUCAAAUCAAUUUGUUAAUUUGCCAGUGAGUGGAGUUUUAGAAGAAUUGAAUUUAAUUAGCCAAAUUGAACUUCAAGAUAAUCCCUGGGACUGCACUUGUAAAAUAGGUGAACUUAAAAACUGGAUACAACAAUAUAAAGAUGUUAUUAUCAGUGAAAUGGUAUGCAGAUCCCCAGAAGAGCUAACUGACAAAGACCUGAGGUCACUCAGUUUAGAAAUGUUGUGCCCAGAAUUAAAAAACAGCCAAGUUUUUCCCACACGCUCAUUUUUUGACAAUAAUACUCCUCCGGCAAGUAAUGUGGAGUCUAUUCUUAAGUCACUUUCAGAUUCUAUACCGCUUUCAGUUUUAAUUCUUGGACUCUUUAUUGUUUUAAUUAUGGUUAUUUUCUGCUCUGCUGGAAUAAUUGUGCUGGUCGUACAUAGAAGAAGACGAUCUAAAAAGAAACAUGCAAGUGAACAACUGAGAGAAACAAGCCCAGUUCACAUCCAGUAUAGUAUGUAUGGGCAGAAAACAACACAUCACACAGAACGACCGAGUUCAUCCUUAUAUGAACAGCGGAUUACAAGUCCUGUGGUACAGGUGUAUCAGAACCCUCCAUUCAGCCAUAUAAAUACUGAACAAGAGGAGGAAUCUGAAAAGAUUAUUAAUCAUUCCAAGCAAUUGUGUAAAGAACUUUUAGAGAAAGAAAAUACUAUACCGUUAACAAGUUCAAAUAUGAAAUUCAGAUCAAAUAAUCAGCCUUCAGAUUUUCUGUCUUUCCAAGAUGCCAGCUACUUAUAUAGAAACCUUAUUGAAAAAGAAAGAGAAAUCCAACAACUGGGAAUCACAGAGUAUUUAAGGAAAAAUAUGGGUCAUGUACAACCAGAAAUUGAGGUACAUUAUCCUGAAACUCGGGAACAGAUAAAACUCAUGGAGACACUUAUGUAUUCAAGACCGAGGAAGUUGGUUGAACAGACCAAAAAUGAAUAUUUUGAGCUCAAAGCAAAUCUUAGUUCAGAGCCUGAUUAUUUGGAAGUUCUAGAACAACAUACUUGAAAUAAUCUAAUGUAUGAGACAUUGCUUUGCAUUUUAUACUUGAGCUGACAAUUAAAAUGAAGUGCCUCAUAAAUAAGUUUUCAAAACUUAAUUUUAGUAGAGACAUUGUCCAAUUAUGCCUCAGGGGCAGUUAUAACAAUAUGAGAUUCAUUAUAAUCUGUCAUUUUGCAAGACAAUAACAUCUUUAAAAUAAUUAUUUUCAUUAACAUUGUGCUUGUGUUCACUUGUGUAUAAAAUCUCUAAAUCUAUUUAUAUUUUGUAAAAAAAACAAACCAUUGUUAGUAUAUAGACCAUAGAUGUGUAUGUGUGUAUAUAUAGUUUAUGUAUGUUUGUUUAUCUUGUUGCACAAAUAUUCAAUUUUCAGAAUAUUCCAAGUGUUAAAGCAAAUACUGUGUUGUUUGUAAAUUAUCUAUGCAGAUUUACCAUUUUGUGGAUUUAUAUAAUAGAAAAUAAAGCAUAGCUUAAUGCAUUCUCUAAAGAUUAUGCAGAUACCAUGUCUCUAAAUAUUGAACACUUUGUUGUAGUAUCACUAAAUUAAGCACUAGAUGAAAACUAUAAAAUUAUUUAUCUGUUUAACUUUUCCUGCUGUUUAAUUCUGUAUAUUGUAAGUAAUGACACUUUGUUUAAAAAUCAGACAUGAGAUAUUUCUAUGAAAAUUUAUUUUAGUGCAGGUUUAAAAGGACAUAAAACCCUAAAUUUCCUGUCAUGAUUCAGAUAAAUCAUACAAUGUUAGACAAUUUUCCAAUUUACUUGUAUUAUCAAAUUAGUUUUAAUAUCUUGGUAUCCUUUAUUGAAGGAGUAGUAAUGCACUACUGGGAGCUAGCUGAAAGACAAUCAUUAGAGACACAUAUGUUCAGCUACCACUCAGCAGCUUCUGAACCUAACUAGAAAGUGCUUUUUAACAAAGGAUACAAAUAGAAGAAAACAAAUUUGAUAGAAAUAAAUUGGAAAUAAUUUGGAAAGCUAUUUAAAAUUGUCUGCUCUAUCUGAAUCAUAAAAGAAAAAUGGCUUUUAUAUCCCAUUAAGCAAAAUGUGUAUCAACUAUUUAUUACUUUUCUGUUUGUGUGCCCGUAUAUAUAUAUAUAUAUAUAUAUAUAUAUAUAUAUAUAUAUAUAUAUAUAUAUAUAUAUGUGUAUAUGUACAUUACACUAAUCCACAAACACUCUCUGGUGUGCCUUGUAUUAAAUAUUUAACUCUGUUCAAUAAUUUGUAAAUAAAAAUGAUAUUUCUGAUA